AUGGGAGAUGAGGUCAACGGUACUGUUAACAUGGGAGAUGAGGUCAACGGUACUGUUGACAUGGGAGAUGAGGUCAACGGUACUGUUAACAUGGGAGAUGAGGUUAACGGUACUAUUAACAUGGUAGACGAGGUCAACGGUACUGUUAACAUGGUAGAUGAGGUCAACGGUACUGUUAUCAUGGGAGAUGAGGUCAACGGUACUAUUAACAUGGGAGAUGAGGUCAACGGUACUAUUAACAUGGGAGAUGAGGUCAACGGUACUGUUAACAUGGGAGAUGAGGUCAACGGUACUGUUGACAUGGGAGAUGAGGUCAACGGUACUGUUAACAUGGGAGAUGAGGUUAACGGUACUGUUGACAUGGGAGAUGAGGUCAACGGUACUGUUGACAUGGGAGAUGAGGUUAACGGUACUAUUAACAUGGUAGACGAGGUCAACGGUACUGUUAACAUGGGAGAUGAGGUCAACGGUACUGUUGACAUGGGAGAUGAGGUUAACGGUACUAUUAACAUGGUAGACGAGGUCAACGGUACUGUUGACAUGGGAGAUGAGGUUAACGGUACUAUUAACAUGGGAGAUGAGGUCAACGGUACUGUUAACAUGGGAGAUGAGGUUAACGGUACUGUUGACAUGGGAGAUGAGGUCAACGGUACUGUUGACAUGGGAGAUGAGGUUAACGGUACUAUUAACAUGGUAGACGAGGUCAACGGUACUGUUAACAUGGGAGAUGAGGUCAACGGUACUGUUAACAUGGGAGAUGAGGUUAACGAAGUUCCCCGUGACUGUAUACAGUAA